UUAAAAAAAUAUGAGAAAAGGAAAAGAAAAAAAAACCAGCAUUCGUCCAAAAAAAACCCGGAAACCACCUACACCCCCACUCCUCUCUCUGUCUGCUCUGUAUCAAUUCCGCUCCAAUUCGACGGUGGUCGGUCGCUACGCGCUGUUCUUCGACGACGACGCCAACGCCUGCCACUGUACGAGAGAGUCGGACAUGGGAGACCUCACAGUGACCUCCAAGGAGGACCAGAAGGCCCCCAAACUACCCAUCCCUGGCAAGCGAAACGUCCUCAUCACCAGCGCCUUGCCUUACGUCAAUAACGUCCCCCACCUCGGCAACAUUAUCGGCUGUGUGUUGAGUGCCGAUGUCUUUGCACGCUACUGCCGCCUUCGGGGGUAUAAUACCGUGUACAUAUGCGGAACUGAUGAGUAUGGCACGGCCACAGAGACCAAAGCUAUGGAAGAGAAGUGUAGCCCCCAAGAGAUCUGUGACAAAUAUCAUGCCAUUCAUAGGGAGGUUUAUGAGUGGUUUAAUAUAAGCUUUGAGAAAUUUGGGCGCACAUCAACACCACAGCAAACGGAAGUAUGCCAAGAGAUUUUCAAGAAGCUGUUGGAGAAUGGUUGGCUUUCAGAGAACACAAUGCAGCAGCUUUACUGUGACACAUGCAAACGGUUCUUAGCCGAUAGGCUCGUGGAGGGGACAUGCCCAACUCAAGGCUGUGACUAUGGUUCUGCACGAGGAGAUCAAUGUGAGAACUGUGGAAAGCUUUUGAAUCCGACAGAACUAAAAGAUCCUAAAUGCAAGGUUUGUAAGACAACUCCAAGAAUUCGUGAUACAAACCACUUGUUUUUGGAACUCCCUUCGCUCAAGGAUAAAUUGGAGGAGUAUAUAGAUAGAACAUCAGUGGCUGGGUCCUGGAGCCAGAAUGCCAUUCAAGCAACAAAUGCAUGGCUUAAAGAGGGGCUUAAACAACGAUGUAUUACCAGGGAUCUGAAGUGGGGGGUUCCUGUUCCACAUGAUAACUUCAAGGACAAGGUUUUCUAUGUGUGGUUUGAUGCUCCUAUUGGAUAUGUCUCAAUUACUAAAUGUUACACUGAUGAUUGGGAGCAAUGGUGGAAGAAUCCUGAGAAUGUGGAGUUGUAUCAGUUUAUGGGCAAGGAUAAUGUGCCAUUCCAUACAGUCAUGUUUCCGUCCACACUUCUUGGAACUGGUGAAAAUUGGACUUUGAUGAAGACUAUUAGUGUUACUGAGUACUUAAACUACGAAGCAGGAAAGUUUUCUAAGAGCAAAGGCAUAGGGGUUUUUGGAAAUGAUGCAAAAGAUACAAACAUUCCUGUUGAAGUAUGGAGAUAUUACUUGCUAACUAAUAGGCCUGAGGUAUCAGACACAUUAUUUACGUGGGCCGACUUGCAAGCAAAACUGAACAGUGAAUUGCUGAAUAAUCUGGGCAAUUUCAUAAAUCGAGUUUUGAGUUUUGUUGCCAAACCUUCAGGUCAAGGGUAUGGCUCCGUUAUUCCAGAUGCUCCAAGUGCAGAAUCAGAUCCUUUGACAGAGAAACUAGCUGAAAAAGUUGGUAAAUAUGUGGAGCAAUAUAUA